GGCGGGGUCCGGGCGGGGCGGGCCGGCUCACUUCCUCGGAGGCUUAGGGCCGCGCGCCCACUCGCCCACACAGUCUGUCGCAGCAGGCUACCUCGCCGCGGCUCUCUCGGCCCCCUCGGCCCGGCCCGCAGGGCUCACUGGGCACCGCCACCAUGAGUGAAGCAUUUGACUGUGCAAAAUGCAAUGAGUCCUUGUACGGCCGCAAAUACAUCCAGACAGACAGCGGCCCCUACUGUGUUCCCUGCUACGACAACACCUUCGCCAACACCUGUGCCGAGUGCCAGCAGCUCAUCGGCCACGAUUCAAGGGAACUGUUUUAUGAGGAUCGCCACUUCCACGAGGGCUGCUUCCGCUGCUGCCGCUGCCAGCGCUCCCUCGCCGAUGAGCCCUUCACCUGUCAGGACAGUGAGCUUCUCUGUAAUGAGUGCUACUGUACAGCCUUCUCUUCCCAGUGCUCUGCCUGUGGGGAGACCGUCAUGCCCGGGUCCCGGAAGCUGGAGUAUGGAGGCCAGACGUGGCAUGAACACUGCUUUCUGUGCAGUGGCUGUGAGCAGCCACUAGGCUCCCGCUCCUUCGUGCCUGACAAGGGUGCUCACUACUGCGUGCCUUGCUAUGAGAACAAAUUUGCUCCUCGGUGUGCCCGCUGCAGCAAGACGCUGACCCAGGGCGGAGUGACAUAUCGCGAUCAGCCCUGGCAUCGAGAGUGCCUGGUCUGCACUGGGUGCCAGACGCCCCUCGCAGGGCAGCAGUUCACAUCCCGGGAUGAUGAUCCCUACUGUGUGGCCUGCUUUGGAGAACUCUUUGCACCCAAGUGCAGCAGCUGCAAGCGUCCCAUCACAGGUGGGAGCGGCAGCGAGGGCGCAGGACUCGGUGGAGGCAAGUACGUGUCCUUCGAAGACCGACAUUGGCACCACAGCUGCUUUUCCUGUGCCCGCUGCUCCACCUCCCUGGUGGGCCAAGGCUUUGUACCAGAUGGAGACCAAGUUCUGUGCCAGGGCUGCAGCCAAGCAGGCCCCUGAGCCCAGGCUCCUGACUCUCCUCUUUCCCAAACCAAGGGUUCAAGACUAUGGCUCCUUUUCUGAACCACUUCUGGGGCCCAGCCCCUCCCUAGAAUGGGCCUCCCCAGUUCCCCACUCAUGGAGACUUCAAGAUUCAGUCACCCAAUCCUAACAUAUCCCACUGGUACUCCCUGAGCUGAAAUCUGGGCUCUUGUGAAACGCCCAUGAUUUAAGCCAUUCUCCAAGUCUGGACUCUAGAAAUGAGUCCUUCCCACAUCAAGGCUCUGGCACCCCCAUCCCUCCAAAUAUGGACUCCUGAGAGGCCUAGGCCUCUUUAAAUCUAGACUUCUAGGGUAGAUUUUUAGUUUUCCUGCAGAUGCCUAAGAAGUCUUCAAAAGUAGAUUGUACCCCCGGUUUGACCUCACCCCCAUCCCACCCCUAUUUCUGGGCUGCAUCCGUAUGUAUAGCAGAUUAGGGGCUCCCUGGUUAGAGGGUUGUAAGGUACAGGGUGCUGUUCAGCCUAUGAGUACCAUGUUAUUUCAGCUCCAUGUUGCCCAGAGAUAGGCAGCAGGAAGGUUGCUCACCCUGUUUCCAGAGAAUGCAAUAAAGCAGUGUGAGGGAA